CCCCCUCCCAUCACUGGAGGAGCAUCUCACACUUUACAUCUUCAGCAGCGAGUGAACCAACAUGACAGAAAUGUAAAAGGGAGAUGUUGAGUUCAUUGAGUCUAGCACAGAAGAACCUCUGUGAGGAGGACAGCUCUGGAUCUGAUGCAGAAUCGGAGCUCAGUCUGGAACCAGAGACAGACCGGUUUGGUUUUAUUCUGACCAAUGGAUCCCCAGCUGGGAGUGUGGGUCCGUCACCUGAGCUGGUCAGGCAGAGGGAGACCAAGUGGAUCAACAUCAUUCUCCAAUGGGAUCACAUGUUGUUGAAGAAGACCAAUAAGGUCAAAGUGCAGUGUCAAAAAGGCAUCCCUGCCUCACUGAGAGCCAAGUGCUGGCCUCUGCUCUGUGCAGCCUCCGACAGGAUGAAACAAAAUAAAGACCUCUACCAGACUCUGGACUCCCAGCCAGCUCUGCAGACCUGGGUGGAUGUGAUUGAAAGAGACCUGGGUCGACAGUUCCCCUUCCAUGAAAUGUUCCUCUGCAAGGAUGGACAUGGGCAGCGUGGUCUGUUCCGGGUAUUGAAAACCUACACUCAGUUCCAACCAGAAGAGGGUUACUGCCAGGCACAGGGGCCCGUGGCUGCAGUGCUGCUGAUGAACAUGCCUGCUGAGGAGGCCUUCUGGUGUUUGGUGCAGAUCAGUGAGCAGUACCUGCCUGGUUACUACAGCCCUCUACUGGAGGGAGUCCUGUUUGAUGCUGGCAUGUUGACCUGGGUCCUGAGAAGGACAUGUCCUGCAGCACAUAAACACCUACAGCACCAUGGAGUGGAGCCGCUCAUGUUCGCCACUGACUGGCUGAUGUGUCUUUUCACACGCCACCUGCCAUUCAACACUCUGCUCCGUGUCUGGGACCUGUUUUUCUGCAACGGGGUGCGGGUGCUGCUCCAGGUGGCAGUGGUGCUUGUGCGACGGGUGUUGGGUCGUGCCGAGCAGAGAAAGCAGUGCCAGGGCCAGAUGGAGACUCUGGAGAGGCUGAGGGGAGUCAGGGAGGAGGUCCACGAGGAAGAUGACACCUUUAUAGCAGAGGUGUGCUCAGUGCCACUAUCAGCUCGAGAUCUGGAGAAACAGACAGAGAAGGAGCUAGAAAAGUGGAGAAGAGACAAACCCUCAUCCACAUUUGACCCCAGAGGUCGCUGCCACGGAUACCUCAUGGCGUGGGCACGGGCUCAGCAGAACAAUGAAGACCUAGACAAGAAAGAAAAAAAAAAAGGGAACCUGUCCGUCCCCCUGUCUCGCUCUGCUUCCACACUGUCUCUGUCCCCAUCAUUCUUUCGCAAGAGGUUGAGGAAGGGCGGAAAAGUCAAUACAGGUGAAGGUGGUGCUAAAGUUGUGAGGCAUUUUUCAAUGGGAGCAAAGGAGGACUGGAGAAGCUGGAAUGAGUUACAUUUUAAGAAGGUGCAGGGCGUUCAAGAGGAGGACGAUGCAGAUGAACCUAAAAAGGAGGACCAAAUCCAAAACAUACAGACUGACCAAAAAGAAACAGAAAAAGUAAAAGAACUGAACGACCAAGCUGAAACAGGAAUAACUGAAAUGGAGGGGAAUCAACCGAAAAAGGCAGAAGAGGACAAAAUGCCUUCAAGCCAAAAAAAAGAAACAAAUAUAGAAACUGAACCAAAUCAAGGUCCAACCAAAGACCAGAGUGUCGAAAGUAUUCUUCAGCCAAAUGAAUGUACCUCUCACCAUGAACAGGAAAAGAUGCUGGGCUAUCAGAGCCAGUCACCAGUGUUAGAGCAACAGACACUCAAAGAUGUGGAAAAGGAAAGUGACAGACCAGUGUUAGAAAGUGAACAUUCAGCUGCUGGGGAGGAAAAUUGGAGAGAGACUCAAGCAGAUGUUGUUGCAGACACAUACACAGACAGAGAAAUGGAAACAGACUCAAGUGAGGAACAGACAAUUCAGGACGAACUGAAACAAGAGGAUGAGACAGAGAGAAAACCGGAGCUGCAGACACAGGUGGACACAGUCAGUGAAGUCUUACAAAUAGGAACAGAGACUAUUCCAGGCUCAGACACAGAAAGCACCACAGAGGCAGCAACUUUCUCAGAUUCAAAUACAACACUAGAGACAGAGACAAAGGAAACAGAGAAUACAGAGACGGACAAAAUUGAAGUAUUUAAAGAAAAUCACCACAGCACUGAGUCACUGACAGAAAGGGUGGAGGAACAUGUAGCCACACAAAGUGAAAUAGAGUCUGAACCAGCACAUAUAGAUUCAAAGACAGAAAGUAAAACAGAAACAGUAAUCAUGUCUUUACCCGAGUGCACUCACCAACAAGUGGACACAGAAAGUGAAGCAGAAAUGCCAGUUACAGGUGACACAAUGGAAGAGUUACAGCAAGUAUUUACUCACUGCUCAGCAACAGAGUGUGACAGAGGAGCAACUGAACCCACAGAGGAAAAAGAAACCAUUUCCACUGUGCACUCAGAGUUUGACAAUAAUACAGCACAAGCAGAGGAAACACAAACUGAGACUACUGACUCUGCAGCACCUGCAGUGAAGGAGGAGACUUCAGAGCAGGCUAAAGAAGAGGAUCUCAUCACUGAACCUGGUGAGAUAACAAGUUCAGUAGAAGAUAGUUACUCUGAAGCACCAGCAGUGAAGGAGGAGACUUCAGAGCAGGCUAAAGAUCAUCUCAUCACUGAACCUGGUGGGAAAACAAGUUCAGUAGAAGAUAGUUACUCUGAAGCACCAGCAGUGAAAGAGGAAACUUCAGAGCAGGUUAAAGAAGAGAAUCUCAUCACUGAGCCUGGUGGGGAAACAAGUUCAGUAGAAGAUAGUUACUCUGUAGCACCGGCAGUGAAGGAGGAGACUUCAAAGCAGGCUAAAGAAGAGGAUCUCUUCACUGAGCCUGGUGGGGAAACAAGUUCAGUAGAAGAUAGUUACUCUGUAGCACCGGCAGUGAAGGAGGAGACUUCAAAGCAGGCUAAAGAAGAGGAUCUCUUCACUGAGCCUGGUGGGAAAACGAAUCCAGAAGAAGAUAGUUACUCUGUAGCACUGGCAGUGAAGGAAACUUCAAAGCAGGCUAAAGAAGAGGAUCUCACCACUGAGCCUGGUGGGAAAACGAAUCCAGUAGAAGAUAGUUACUCUGUAGCACUGGCAGUGAAGGAGGAGACUUCAGUGCAGGUUAAAGAAGAGGAUCUCAUCACUGAGUCUGGUGGGGAAACAAAUCCAGUCGAAGAUAGUUACUCUGUAGCACCAGCAGUGAAGGAGACUUCAAAGCAGGCUAAAGAAGAGGAUCUCAUCACUGAGUCUGGUGGGGAAACAAAUCCAGUCGAAGAUAGUUACUCUGUAGCACCAGCAGUGAAGGAGGAGACUUCGGUAGAAACAAGUUCAGUAGAAAAUAGUUUCCCAGAGGAAUCUGUACAUAAAGAACCAGCAAGUCAGCUCACAACUAAUUCUUCAGAGGUGGAAAAGCUCAGUGAAAAUGUUCAAGAGGACCCUGCAAGAGAGGAUAACCUCACGUCAUUUCCAAAAGUGACAGAUAAUGUACACACUGAUAGCAACCCACAAAGGCACGAUAAAAAUGAUGUUCCAGCUGAGCAGGAUAACAGCGAACUGACUCAAAACUGCAGGUGUUGUAGCGGCCAGUCUUCAGAGGAUUUCUGUGUCUGCAGGUCCUCCAGCUCACAUGGAUCCAGGUUAGCACUCUCCAAUGACCUCUUCACUGCCCCACAGGAAACUAGCCAACCACAAUCUAUCUCUGAUCAAGCAGAAGUUAAACAAACUGAAUCACAGUCCCAUCCUGGAGCAGUAAACACAACCCAAACUUCUCCAAAGGUGACAGAGUCUUCAAAAGUCACCUUGUUCUUGUCCACAGAAGUGACAGAGGGGAAAGUAGCAGAGCAGGAGCCGCCUGCUGUUUCUAAACGUUUUGGUCUCUUCCGCAGACUGAGAGGAGAGAAGCCUAAAAAAGCAAAGGGGAAGGAGGCACACAAGAUGCAAGUCCCCACAAUCUUGAUUCAGGACUUCAGUGACGGAACAGGGAAACUGGUCGAGGAAGUAUGUGAGGACAAACUUAGCUCCAGGGAGAGGAGGAGAAAGCGGAGGGAGCGAGAAAGAAAGGAGAAAGAGGAGGAGAGGUUGAGGAAGAAGAAUGACAAGGAGACGAAGGAGCGAGAGAGGAGGAAACCGCAGACGAGGGGGAAAAGUUUUCAAGUGCAAAAGAGAGAUAACAAAGAUCCACAACUGGCAAAGACUGGCUCACAGACUCUUAGAUCUUCUGCAUCGUACGCUGAAUCCUACUUCUGACAAACAUUUGUAAUAGAGUCUUGAGGAUGAGAACUGAAGCACCAGGUUAUGGUUAUGGCUUUUUUGAUUAGAAGUGAUCUUUAGCCAGUUUAAUUUGUUUGCAUCAUUCAUUUAUGUGAUAAAAAAGGCUUUGUUUACAUUGUCACAUAUCAACUGAAUAUUACCCUAACCAUACACUCCAGAUCUCAUCCCCUUCUUGUUCAAACGUUUUACAUGUAAAUAAAUAAUGAUGUUUAUAUACUUUGAAAAAAAC